AUGUCCGACAACACUGGAAAAACAAUGGACAUGGCAAGCUUCAAAAACUCAUUACCCCAGGAGGGUACCGCUGGCAACGCCAGCGGAGAAUCCCUCCCAGAGGUCACUCUGACCUCUGGCCGGCCCUCGUAUUCUGGGGGGGCCAAAGACUGCCAACCAACGACCUCGGCGAUAACAACUGACAACGAAGCAAACGAUUUGGAACUGACGACGCCUGGAAGAGCAGAGGAAGGCGGGGAGAGCGACGUGGAGGUGGUCUCUAUGUCGGAGUCUUCCUCCGACUCAGACAGUACUCUGGACGGGAGGAAGGCGAGCGCGAGCACGGCGCGGAAAAAGAUCAGCGGAUCCGCGGCCCCAAAAAUCGCCCUCAAGUUCCCAAUUGGGACAGAGAGCAAGGGGAAGAAGAGGGCGCUAAAAGAAGCGGAAGCAGCGGGCCCGGUCAAAAAAGUGUCGACAGCGACAAGAGGCCGUACCAGACGACCGGGGGCCCAAAGCAGUUUCCUGCAGGAGGCGAAAGCCUACUUAGCGGAGGGGGAGGAGAGUCGAGCAGCUGGCUCGGACCCCCCCCCCCCCUACCAGCCUCCAUGCCUGCCCAGGGACUUGUCGGAGCCCAGGGCUGCGCAACCGGAGGCCGCCACCAUAGAGGCAUUGGCUGCGAAGGCCCUCCUGAAUGUUUCCACAAUUCAGGGGGAGGUUAAGAAGAGCGGAAACCUAAAGGGAACAGUGCGGGGCCAGAUUAACAGGGCCACCCAACAAGUGAUAGAAGCGGUGGAGGAGCUCCGAGCGAUCACCCCCGAGGAGGAGCAACGCCGGCUCCGCGCGGAGAAUGCCAGACUAGCUAGAGAGCUGGAGCUGAUCCGCGCGGAGCUGCGUGCUUUCAAAGAAGCGUACUCGGAGUCGCAAAAGCGGUCAGAAGCGACUCCGAGGGAGGCUCCUCAGGCCCAGGAGGGGGUGGAGGCGAUUCUCAGGGGCGCUCUCGAAGAGAUGAGGCGCGAACUCCUAGAGUCAGUAGGCGGGAUGGUGAACGCCCGCCUACAAGACCUGGAGACGCGCCUCCCCCCUGAGCCGGUGAUCAGACCACCGCUCCAGGCGGACAAACAACAUCCGCCGCCGCCGCGCCCUGUAGUCAGGCCCAACCUGGCGACCAGUGCCCCUAAAAACGUGGAGACACGACCAGCCCAGGCCCCUGUAGCCAAAGCCAGGCCGGUCCCCAAACGGAGGAUCGCCCCUACAGCUGUACCGGCUGCCCCUCCCCCCCCUCCACCUGCUGGCGGAGGAGGGCGCGUAGGGAAAGCCGCGAAGGCUCAAGCCGGAGCCGCUGAACCCGCACCCCAAACUCCCGGGGGUGAAGUUCAGUGGUCUAAGGUAGUCGGCCGCAAGGCAAAAAAGAAGAAAAAGGCUCCGGCCGGGGCCCCGCCUGCUGCGCCAGUUCACCCUAAUGGGGCGCAGCGGGUUCCCCCUCCCCCUAAAGCAGUAAAGAUCGUGGCCCCCAAGACGGCGGCCAUAACCGUCACCCUUAAACCGGGGGCCACGAUCACGACAACAGAGGGACAGGUCUCUGAGGCCAAAUAUACUGACGUCUUGGCCAAGGCUAAGGCGUCGAUCUGCCUCAGAGACUUCGGCUUGGAGACGGUCAAAGUGCGGACCAGCAUGACCGGCUCCAAGCUGAUGGAAGUGGGGGGGAACACCCCAGAAGAGACGGCCGACCGCCUGGCUGCCGAACUGUCUCGGGUCAUCGGCGGCUGGGCGGACAUCGCGCGUCCGUCCAAACUCGCAGACCUUCGGGUCUCGGGUUUGGACGAGACGGUUACGCGCGAGGAGGUGGCAGCCAAACUGGCAACAACCGGGGGCUGCCACCCUGAUACUGUCAAAGUGGGCCUAAUCAGGCCCAGCUUCUGGGGUGGGGGCUCUGCCCUAGUGAGGUGUCCGGCGGCGGCAGCGAAAGCCGUCGCUCAAAUAGGGAAGGUGGCCAUAGGAUGGAGCAUGGCCACCGUCACCGCGGUAAGGGCCCGGCCGCUACGCUGCUUCAAGUGUAUGCAGCUGGGCCACACCCGGGCCCUAUGCCCAUCGGAGGCAGAGGAUGGCCGCCUCUGCUUCCGAUGCGGCCAAGAAGGCCACAAGAGGGCUGCGUGCGAGGCGCCUGUCAACUGUGCUGUGUGCCACAGGACAGGCUGCCCGCACGCACACGUGAUGGGGGGAGCUAAAUGCACCCCCCCUACUGUGAGGGGGAAGGCCCGCUCCAUCGGCCCUCCCCCUGCGCCACAAGCGCAACCGCCGGCCAGGCUGCAGCCGCAGCCUGAAGAGGAACGUAUGCAGGUGUCCUAA